UUUCCGUUUAGCUCUCGCUGGGAGCGCUCCACUUCGAGUGUUUCCGUCACCCACUCGGAGGUAUUCGGCUAUCGCUCGGCCUCCCCAUCCCCCGGUAACGGUCGCUGGUGAGUUUAAAUGAGCCGGGGCUGGCCGAGCCGAAGCCGCUACGGGGGGAGUGCCUGAGGCACUGCAGAAAGUGGGCCUGAGCCACUAGGAUGACGGUGCUGCAGGAACCCGUGCAGGCUGCUAUAUGGCAAGCACUAAACCACUAUGCUUACCGAGAUGCUGUUUUUCUCGCGGAACGACUGUAUGCAGAAGUGCACUCAGAAGAAGCCUUGUUUUUGCUGGCAACCUGUUAUUACCGCUCAGGAAAGGCAUAUAAAGCAUAUAGACUCUUAAAAGGACAUAGUUGUACUACACCACAAUGUAAAUACCUGCUUGCAAAGUGCUGUGUUGACCUCAGCAAGCUUGCAGAAGGGGAACAGAUCCUGUCUGGUGGAGUAUUUAAUAAGCAGAAAAGCCAUGAUGAUAUUGUUACUGAGUUUGGUGAUUCAGCCUGCUUUACGCUUUCAUUGUUGGGACAUGUGUAUUGCAAGACAGAUCGGCUUGCCAAAGGAUCAGAAUGUUACCAAAAGAGCCUUAGUUUAAAUCCUUUCCUCUGGUCUCCCUUUGAAUCCUUAUGUGAAAUAGGUGAAAAACCAGAUCCUGAUCAAACGUUUAAAUUAACAUCUAUACAGAACUUCAGCAAUUGUCUACCCAACUCUUGUACAACACUAAUAACUAAUCAUAGUUUAUCUCAUAGACAGCCUGAGACAGUUCUUACCGAAACACCCCAGGACACAAUUGAAUUAAACAGACUGAAUUUAGAAUCUUCCAACUCAAAGUACUCCUUGAAUACAGAUUCCUCAGUGUCUUACAUCGAUUCAGCUGUAAUUUCACCAGAUGCUGUCCCUCUUGGAACAGGCACUUCCAUAUUAUCUAAACAGGUUCAAAAUAAACCAAAAACUAGUCGAAAUUUAUUAGGAGGACCAGCUGCUCUUAGCCCAUUAACCCCAAGUUUUGGGAUUUUGCCAUUAGAAACCCCAAGUCCUGGAGAUGGAUCCUAUUUACAAAACUACACUAAUACACCUUCUGUAAUUGAUGUGCCAUCUACCGGAGCACCUACAAAAAAGUCUGUUGCCAGAAUGGGCCAAACUGGAACAAAGUCUGUCUUCUCACAGAGUGGAAAUAGUCGAGAAGUCACUCCAAUUCUUGUUGCACAAACACAAAGUUCUGGCCCACAAACAAGUACAACACCUCAGGUAUUGAGCCCUACUAUUACAUCUCCCCCAAACGCACUGCCCCGAAGAAGUUCACGACUUUUUACUAGUGACAGCUCUACAACCAAGGAGAAUAGCAAAAAAUUAAAAAUGAAGUUUCCACCUAAAAUCCCAAACAGAAAAACAAAAAGUAAAACUAGUAAAGGAGGAAUAACUCAACCUAACAUAAAUGAUAGCCUGGAAAUUACAAAAUUGGACUCUUCCAUCAUAUCAGAAGGGAAAAUAUCCACAAUCACACCUCAGAUCCAGGCUUUUAAUCUACAAAAGGCAGCAGCAGAAGGUUUGAUGAGCCUUCUUCGUGAAAUGGGGAAAGGUUAUUUAGCUUUGUGUUCAUACAACUGCAAAGAAGCUAUAAAUAUUUUGAGCCACCUCCCUUCUCACCACUACAAUACUGGCUGGGUACUGUGCCAAAUUGGAAGGGCUUAUUUUGAACUGUCAGAGUACAUGCAAGCUGAACGAAUAUUCUCAGAAGUUAGAAGGAUUGAGAAUUACAGAGUUGAAGGAAUGGAGAUCUACUCUACAACACUCUGGCAUCUUCAAAAAGAUGUUGCUCUUUCAGUUCUUUCAAAAGAUUUAACAGACAUGGAUAAAAAUUCACCAGAGGCCUGGUGUGCUGCGGGAAACUGUUUCAGUUUACAACGUGAACAUGAUAUUGCAAUUAAAUUUUUCCAGAGAGCUAUCCAGGUUGAUCCAAAUUAUGCUUAUGCCUAUACUCUGCUAGGGCAUGAGUUUGUGUUAACUGAAGAACUAGACAAAGCAUUAGCAUGUUUCCGAAAUGCUAUCAGAGUGAAUCCUAGACACUAUAAUGCAUGGUAUGGUUUAGGAAUGAUUUAUUACAAGCAAGAAAAAUUUAGCCUUGCUGAAAUGCAUUUCCAGAAAGCACUUGAUAUCAACCCUCAAAGUUCAGUUUUACUUUGCCACAUUGGAGUAGUUCAACAUGCACUAAAGAAAUCUGAGAAGGCUUUGGAUACUCUAAACAAAGCCAUUGUUAUUGAUCCCAAGAACCCUCUAUGCAAAUUUCACAGAGCCUCUGUUUUAUUUGCAAAUGAAAAAUAUAAGUCUGCUUUACAAGAACUUGAAGAAUUGAAACAAAUUGUUCCCAAAGAAUCCCUCGUUUACUUCUUAAUAGGAAAGGUUUACAAGAAGUUAGGUCAGACACACCUCGCCCUGAUGAAUUUCUCUUGGGCUAUGGAUUUAGAUCCUAAAGGAGCCAAUAACCAGAUUAAAGAGGCAAUUGAUAAGCGCUAUCUUCCAGAUGAUGAGGAGCCAAUAACCCAAGAAGAACAGAUCAUGGGAACAGAUGAAUCACAGGAGAGCAGCAUGACAGAUGCAGACGACACACAACUUCAUGCAGCGGAAAGUGAUGAAUUUUAACUUCUAGAAAUCAUUUGCAACUGGAUGCGUGACUAGUGCUGACACGCUUCUUGUCCCUCCAUAUACUGAGUCUUCACUCUUGAGCCGGCAGUGUCAUCAUCUAUCACUUAUACCAUGAGUGUGCCACUUUCAUUGGACCCUGACUGUACACAGAAUGAAAGGCAGUGCAAUAUUUAGCUGCUAAAAAGACUGGCUCUUUUACCAGUAUGAAUGACAAUUUGGGGGAGUAGGGUGGGGAACUUUUCUUUUUUUCUUUAAUCUCCCUUAGUUGAAAAGCUAUCAUGGAAGGAAGAGUUAUGUUUUAUCCUGAAUGAACCAUUAGAUAUGGAAAAUAGUGAUGAACUAGAAUUUCUUGGCCAUUUUCCUAAAAAUUUGUUUUUAUUUGGUUCUGUUCCUGAUAAACAGACUGACCUUCAUUUCUAGGUUCUUCAAGAAUGGUGUUAGCAAGUGCCAGAUGGAACAAUAAAAGACAUUGCCUAUAACAUUAACUUGAUUGCCAAGGAAUGUAAAUUACCUUAAAGUUGCAGUGUCUCAAAUGUAGCGGGCAUAUUGGGACUUGUAUGUAGGAAUCAAAUAUCCUGCCAUACAGUGUACUUAUUCUUGGCAAGAAUGCUUUAAAUGUCUAACCAAGAAUUUUAAUUUAUUCACCUUGCUUCAAAGUGUUGAUCAUUGUUGUCUUGGUAUUGCAAACUUAAAAUUUGUCCUUACCAUAUUGCCUCUUCUCUUUGAGCUCUGUGGGAUCACCUUUAACAUUCAUAGAUGAGAGUGGUUCCUUACUGAAAAGCCAAAACAAGGCCCUUAAUAACCACUUAAAUUCACCAUGAGAAUCAGUAUGAGAACACUAUAGAGAGACUUUAAGAGAUCAUGAUAGUGAAAGCCUUAAUACAAUCAGAAUUGUACCAUAAUCUUGAAUCUACAUUUGUUCAAGACAGUAUCCCUUUGACUCUUCUAAGUGUAUAAGUAGAGUGGUCAUCAGAACUUCUACUGGGACUAAUUUAGGAUAUCAGAAAUUUUUAGCCUUGGGAGAAAAUACUCUUGUCAAGAAGACAAGAUUUCUCCUUAGUUCAUCAUAAAAUAGGUUGAUGUCUUUGGGAAUGGCCACAAUUUUAAAGAUCUAAUUAUGCAUAUAAAAUAAGAAUUAUUGGAAUUUCACAGUAACAGAUAUAAACAGUCUUAAAUUGUGUAUCUCCUUUAUUGUAAUGUAUUGAAAUUUUUAGAAAAACUUUAGUUAACAUUUUACUAAGUGCCAAUGUCAGAAUAGAACGAAUUUUAGUUUCUUAUGAUAACAACAGGCCUACAGUUAUUAUUUUGGAUUAUUUGAUGAAGGACAAACUUACCUAUGUACUGGUUACCUGUCUUUGUAAGUCAAGCUGUGAAAUAAGGUGGGUUACAAACGAUGUGAACAAAAAUUUUAUCUGUAGACCUGGUCAUUUCUGUCAUUAUUGUUAAUCUCAUCCAAACAUGGAUUAGACACCAUAAUUAAUUCAAGGCUGUCUUGAGUUAAAAUAUUAAGUGCCAGAGAUGCGUCUUAGAAAAUUUCUUACUUAGGUCUAUGUAUGUGUGCUAUCUAAAAAAAUAAUUUAUAAAGAAAAAUAAACAUUGGGAAUAAAUGAGUACCAUUAAAAAUUCCCAAAGACUAGCACUUAGAUUCUAAGAAAUAUUUCACCUUACUAUCCAUUAGUUCUUGAGUGUUUAAUUUUAUAUUCUUUUACUUUUUUUAAUUGAUAACUCACAAGCCAGCAAUAUAUAUCAGAUGAACAGUUUCAUAGAAAGCUUCACCCUGAGUUCUGUGUUACACAGCCUACGGAAAACUGAGCUCAGAACAUAAUUUGCUGAAGCAUAAUUUAUCUUUUCGUAGUAGGAAUUUAUGUCCUGUGCCAGAGAGACUUUCUGGUACUGAUUUGAGACCAAUAAUAAAAGGAUGUUGUGUAAGGCACACCAUGGCAGUAGCUGGCUAAGGGAACUUUCAACCCACGCUUGGCCUGGUUUCAUUUUUCCUCAUACCUGCUUUUAAAGUCACUUACGCAUUUGAAGCUUUAUGUCUCACCUAGUAAUGUAACCUUCCUUGCUCUUUUUUUCUUUCCCUUUUAUUUUUUUAAUUAUAACUAUUAUUAUUUGCAUGAGAUAGCGAUCAAACAAACAGAAGAAACACAUUUUUGAUUAAUCAAAAUGUUUGUUUCAAA